AUGCAGUUACGAACCCUCAUCGUCUCUUUCUUCGCGGCCGUCGCCGUCGCCCAGACACCUACCACUGGCUCAACGCCCUCGGGCACAUCGGGCUCGAGCAGCAACCUGGUAUCGACCGUCAACGACCUGCCCCGCUGCGCCCUCGGCUGCCUCAAGUCGGCCGCCGAGAGCAUCAACUGCAACCCCGGCAACUUCAAGUGCCUGUGCAGCAACACGCAGACGCUGAUUGCGUCGAUCGGGCCCUGCGCUCUGCGUGCUUGUAACACUGCCGACGUUGGAAAGCUCACCGACGCGGCAGCCAAGGUUUGCCAGCAGAUCAACGCCAACCCUCCCGCGGCUCAGGUCGCCUCUGCCUCGAGCCUUGUCAUCUCGGCCAUGGCUACGGGGAACAGCAGCAGCAGCCAGGGUGGCGCAUCGUCAUCAGUCGCCCAGGGAGUUGCCGCACCAAAGAGGACGGAGGCUCCUGUUUAUGCGGUCAUGGGUGGCGCCGCAGCCGCGUGGGCCGCUUACGCAAUGUAA